AUGACUAAAAUUUGCCAACAAGUUUUUUUAAUUUUUAUUAUAUUUUUUUUUCAAAAUGUAAAUUGUCGUAUAUUAAAUCCAGCAAUUGGAAUUUUAACUGAAUCAAAAAUUUAUCUUGCAAAAAUUAAAGAGUUUGAUUAUACACAUGAUGAUCUUCAUUUAAUUUAUCGUCAUCAUGAUCCUGUUUAUCCAUUACAAACUUUUGCACCAAAUAAUAUUAUACAUAGACUGUAUAUCUGUUCACCAAGUACUAUUUAUACACUUGAUUUACAAGUUGGAUCACAUAUUGUACCAUUUUUACCUGUUGAUGAUACACCAUGUCGAGCGAAUUUAGUAUAUUUAUCAGGUCAAACAACACUUCUUUGGACAUUACGUCAUACAGUAAUGUUAUUUGAUUUUAAUGAAAUGUUUAAAGAACGUCUUUGGAAUUCAACAUCUCCGAUUUUAAAUAUGAUAUAUAAUGAUACAGAUAUUGAUAAUAAUGCAAUGAAUUUUUAUUUAAGUGUUUCAGUUGCAGAUCAACAAUCAGUUGUAGUACAUUGUCGUACUGAUCGUCGUUCUCGUAUAGUUCCAUUUCAAUCUUGUCUUUUUAUUGACAGUGGUUAUCAUGAAGUAUCAACAUUAGCUUAUGAUGAAAAUCGUUUGUAUGUAGCUGAUCGUAUUGCACAAAAAAUCUAUGUACUAGCUUUAUUACCUAGUGGUUUUGUUUUAUCAAAGAAUGUUUUACCAUUGAAUACAAGUAUAGUAGCUGAUAUUCAAUCUAUGUUUGUUUAUGAUUAUAAUCUUAUAUGGUUAACAACUAGUGGUCAUGUACGAAUUGUUUCAUUGAUAACUUAUGAAGUACGAACUAUUUUUUGGUUUGAUGAAGAAUUAAAAGCAAUUCAUCUUGUAUCGUUUGGUCAAUGGCCAAAUCGAACAACAACUUCGACUACAACUACAACCACAACUAUAACAACAACAACAACAACAAUAACAACGACAACAACUACACAAUCAACAACAACAUAUUCAAUAUCAACAGAAAAAUCUACUAUUAUAACAACAUCACCUAGUGAACAUAUUGAUACAAGCACAAUCGAUAAUGUUCAUAGUCCUUGGAAAGCAACAACUUUUGUAACAUCUAUUAUUUUAGGUAUUGCACUAUUCCUUUGCGCAGCUAUGGUCACAUGUGUUCUACUCAAUUAUCGCUUGGGACGAGUUGUUCCAAGUAGUUUUACUAAUGUAUUACAUUUUCUACGUAAUCGUACACAAACAGCAUCAACAGCAGCAGCAGUAGGGCCAUCAUUUUUCGAAGAAUCACUUACAUAA